AAACAACAACAAUUGUUUGUACUUUUUCUCGGUGCUAAACUCCUAAAUUCAGAGAUAAACGUGGCUGACGGUGGUUGGCACAGUUUCUCGUUGCGUAUUCGAGGCCCUCGACUCGAAGUGGAAAUCGACGGCUAUACGGUAUUGUGGUUGGAAGGUCAAGAAGUGCGACGAAUCUCAGCACGUCUCACCUCGUUGGUCCUUUCAUCAAUCGGUUGCUAUCGAUCGACCACAAUCGAUUUCGGUAAAGUCCAUGUCGAGGGUACGGUAAUUCGAGGCAGCUGUGAGAUGGUCGACAGAUUCUAUUACCAUGUAUGGAUCACAUCUGGCCCUGGAUAA